UUGUUGAUUCUUCAAGUAGACGCGUUUUGGGCCUUAAGCUUGAUCACUUAACACCGUCUUCCCGCUGCUGUCGACAACAUCCUCGAUGGCUACGAGAAGACCGCUCACUUCCCGCCCAAGGGCACCUACAGUUAAUACAAAACCCCAAUCUUCUAUGUCAAAGUCCAGAUCUGCGUUGUCUACAAUCACGUCACCAACAGAAGAGCGCCCAGAGCACGCACUCGCAAUCUCAUCAUCCUUGAAGGGCUCUAAGUCCAAUGGCCAGGAUGACUCGGAGACUCACAUCCAUGUUGCCAUUCGUUGUCGUAGACGUUCCGAUCGCGAGAUCCAGGAGAACUCCCCCAUCAUCGUCAGUUCCAAUGGGGCAAAGAGUCAGGAAGUCACCAUCGAGACCUCCACGCCUGUCUCUAGCCUAGGCAUCAUUACUUUGCCACCUACAAGAACAUAUCCGUUCGAUCUCGUCUUUGGCCCAGAAGCAGACCAAGCUAUGAUUUACCAUGAAGUUGUUAACCCCAUGUUAGACGAAGUCCUCAUGGGCUACAACUGUACUCUGUUUGCGUAUGGACAAACAGGAACUGGAAAAACUUACACUAUGCAAGGCGACCUGACGCCCACGCCGAUGGGAAACCCAUCUUCCCAAGCAGGCAUGAUACCGAGGGUCCUUUUCCGGUUGUUCCACCAACUCGAGACAUCUGCUACCGAUUAUAGUGUCAAAAUAUCCUUCGUCGAGCUCUACAACGAGGAGCUUCGAGACUUGCUCGCAAGCGAACUGUCCGCUCCUGCAGGAUCCACGCAGCCUAUGGGAAAAGGUGGCCCCGCAGACAACCAAGCUGGCCUCAAGAUCUUUGACGACACUAGCAAGAAAGGUGUUUUUAUUCAGGGCCUCGAAGAGAUACCUGUCAAAGACGCUGCGGAUGCACUUGCCCUCCUCACAAAAGGUAGCCAUCGUCGGCAGAUUGCAGCCACUAAAUUCAACGACCACUCCAGUCGUUCGCACUCCGUAUUCGCGAUCACUAUUCAUAUUAAAGAGACGUCUUCCAUGGGAGAUGACCUCCUAAAGGUUGGGAAGUUCAACCUCGUUGACCUUGCAGGCUCAGAGAACAUCGGACGCUCUGGAGCAGAGAACAAGAGGGCUCGGGAAGCGGGUAUGAUUAAUCAAAGUUUGCUGACUUUGGGCCGUGUUAUAAACGCCCUCGUCGAGCGUUCGACGCAUGUCCCUUAUCGGGAAUCCAAGCUCACCCGCCUUUUACAAGACUCACUUGGUGGUCGUACAAAGACGUACAUAAUCGCCACUAUCUCUCCUGCACGUUCUAAUAUGGAAGAGACCCUCUCUACCCUAGACUAUGCCAUCCGCGCGAAGUCCAUCCGCAACAAGCCGGAGAUCAACCAGCGGAUGACCAGAAACUCCUUGCUCAAAGAAUACGUGGCCGAGAUCGAGCGUCUUAAGGCUGACGUCCUGGCCGCACGCGAGAAGAACGGCAUCUUCUUCUCUGAAGAGACCUGGAACCAGCUCACGACGGAACAGGAGCUCAGACAGACGGAGAUGGAAGAGGCUAAGAAGCAAGUGGAGAUUGGAGAGAGCCAGUUAAAGAGCGUCAGGGAAGAGUUUGAGCAAAGCAUUGCUUUGUUGAUGAAGACGGAUGGGGAGUUGAAACAGGUGAAGGGACAACUGAAAGAAGUCGAAGAAGAGCUGGAAGUCAAGGAGGGCCAACUGAAGGUGGCGAAAGGAGCUCUCGAGGAGGAGAUUGUCGUGCGUCAGGCGUACCAGGUCACUGAAGAAAGGCUGGAUGGGGUGGCCUUAGGACUGAAACAGGUUGCCGCUGAAAGCAUUGAUGAUAUUGGCGCGCUUUUUGAGAAGCUUCAACGGAAGAACAAGACGUUUACGUCGAACAUCAAAGCUGUAUCCUCUCAUGGAAGGUCUAUCUCCUCUGAAGUGCAAUCGCUCUCGACAAAACUCGAGGACUUCAUGAAGACCGCAAGCCACAGUACGCAGACACUGCGCGCAGAGACGAAGCAGUUCCAAACGAAGGAAUUCGAGAUCCUUACAAGUCACUCCGAGCGUAUUGACCAGCAACUCCAGCGCAUUCAAGACUCUCUUCGGAUUAUCAACGCGAAGGAUGAUGUAUCUGCAGAGGCCAUUACAACUAUGCAGAACUCGGUCAAGGAAUCGCAAGAGACGAUGAAGAGCUCAUUUAGUGCCUGGUCCGAUAGCUUACGAACUACAUCUCAAAUGAUGUACAACGAGGUGUAUACUGCGAAUCAGAGUAACUUCGCAUCGUUAGAGAAUGUUUUGAGGGCUAUGGGGACGCUUGUCGACUCCGCCGUCAAUCAAGCAAUUGACUUCGCCAAGGCUGAUGGAGAGUUAUUUUCGCAGUCAAAGUCCCUUGUGGAUGACAUAUCAAGGGCGGAGAACGCUCAUCUCCAGACGCAAAAUGCGCUUUUUGUUCAAUUAGUGGAAGCAGAGAAGGUGAGGUCUGCGAAGGCUAAUGACGUGCUCCUGCAACGCAUAUCAGGCCUACUCGGGGAGUUCGUAGCUUCCCGCGAUCGUGACCUGCGAGAAGCAUUUGGCGCCGCCGCCGAUGCCAACGCCACACAUGAAGAGGAAUUCAGCGAGUUUGGCCAGCGUCACGAACAAUUGAUAAAUGAGGCUGUUGUACACGGCUCGGAAGCCAUAACUUCGUUUGAGCGGAGAGGUACGGAAGGAAAGAGGACACGAGAUAGUGCUCUUAAGACCGUCGGAUCUGUUCAAGUUGCCUUCAAGGACAGUUUGUUGGCUACGCAAAACUCAAUCACAACAGCCACCACAACUUAUACUGGCGAGCUGCAGAGACAAAGCCAGACCUUCCAGACCUCCUUUGGCGCAAGUCUUGAUCGCCAUGAUCGUGCCAAGAGAGCACGCAUCGAGACUACCAAUGGGUUGGCGACUGACGUACAGACCGAGUUACGGCACCUGCAGCGAGGCAUUGCUUCCAGCUCAAGAAAUGUUGAAGGCUUCGGCGGUCGUAUGGUUUCGGAGAGCACAAACUUAUCAGACAUGAUUGAAAAGCACGGCAAUAAUACGACUUCAAGGCUCACCUCACUACACCAGACAGCCCGGUCACUACUUGACCAAGGUACCCGUGAGGACAUUCCGACUGGAAUGACACCGCGAAAACGGGCAUGGGAAUACGCAGAUGAGUGGGAGCUGACGGAGAGUCGAGAUACUAUCCUUCAGCCGCGGAGGCAAGGAGGGCCAGUCAGACACACUUCCGAACCUCCUUCUUCGCAGCACCCCGUAGAAACCCUUCCAGAGCAAAUGGAAGUCGACACGCCAGUCAGCGAGUGGUCAGACGAACCACAAGCUCCAGUCCCACCCUCACCUCCUACAGUCUCGCUGUCAUCAUUAACGUCCUCUACUGCCACCCUCGCUGAAAUACCAGUCGCGCCUCCAGCAGUUCUCAGAGUCUUAAAGAAACCUGCUACUCUGAAAUCCGGACUGCCGACGAUGGGAGCGUUGGUAGAUAGACCGCCAAAUACUCUCCGAAACCCGUCCAGAAGAAUCAGAUAGUAUUACGUGUUAUAUCUUUAUUCAUUCAUUAUACUUCAGAUGCUCCGGUAUUCCUCGCUUUCCAUGUAUCAUCAAUCGAUACGACACCU